CACAUAUCUUGGUCAUCCACCCCCACCAUCGCUUCUUCAGAUCGUUGCAUCGACGACAAAGAGGCAACAGCAGCAUCUUCUCUCCGGAUUUACUGCGCACGUACAUAUCAACCAGGUCCCUUUACCGACCAUCUCAUAAAAACAAAGUGAACGACACCAUCAAAAGUUCUUCCUCGCGCCAAAAGCCCGAGCACGCCUUGCCAGCCACUUCCGCUCGGUCCCUUACGCGAACAAGUUUGUGAGUUAGUGAUGCUUUUUUUUUCUAGAUCAUUUUUUCUCCCGUCUUUCAUCUUUGCUUCUUCAGCGUCUGUUUCCUUAGUAGAGGUAGCGCCGAUUCACAGCCCGUCCCUCUCCCAAGCCAUCACGUUCCAAGUUCCCGUGUCCCCCACCCACCACACCAGCCACUCUGCGGUCGACACUUGCGAGGAAGCCCGUGGGUUUGAUCCUCUUCCGGCUUCUUAUUACCCUCACUCUUGUCCGAGAAGCAGCCCGUACAAAAAUGUUCAUUCCCCUCCAUUCUCGUUCAUCAUUCGUGUCACAUCAUACUCAACAACAUAGUGGACAAGGUGAUCCACACUCAUACUCCAUCACUAUAUUUUCCAUCAUUUCCUGGGCAACACCCUCCGAGAAAAGAGACCAUACACAACUUAUAUCAUCGGCCUCGCACGCACACAGAUUGCGGUGCACCUUCAUUUUGACAGCUCUACAGAAGCAUCUAGAAGUCUAUUCACAAUGGCUUCCACAUUUCAAAUGCCCGUUUACUACAGGCCAUCGGCCCUGACGGUAGACACCGCACAUGCCCAGCAAAAGUUUUUCGACGACGAGGACGAAGGUGUGUUGGACGACAGCAUCAUCGACCAGAGUGCAAUAGACUCCGGCCUCGAUAUGUCGCCUGCCCUGGCCGACAGCAGGAGAGAAUCCUUCGCCAUUGGGUCUUCGCUCUUCUCGCCCAAACAAGAAGACUGGCCAUCUGUCGACUUGCAGUCGCUCCCCACCAACAACCCCUUCAUGAGCCAACAACAGAACGCCAACCCUUUCAUGCAGGCUCAACAUCAGUCCUUCAUGCCGCAGCAACAAAACUGGGUCACUAUGGCUACCAGCACACCUGCGUCUACUGCCACGGCUGCGACCUUUGACGGCCUGCCGGUUGAGUUUGACUCAAAUCCAGGCUCAGGCUUCCUCCGCAGUCCCAUUCCCUUCAGCAAUCCUACCAACAACGUCGCCAUGUUCUCCUCGGUCAACAACCACAGCUCAAGUCCUGCCUCGCCACAGAAGGAUCAUUGGUCUGGCAACAUGGCCAUGAACAAGAAGUCAAGACCUGACAGCCCUGGUAUUCGCUCUCACAAUGAGCUUCGCAAGGGCGACGGUGUUCGCAAAAAGAAUGCGCGCUUCGACAUCCCUGCCGAGCGCAACCUCGCCAACAUCGACCAGCUCAUCUCACAAUCCACAGACGAGCAAGAAGUCAAGGAGCUGAAGCAACAAAAGCGGCUACUCCGGAACCGACAAGCGGCACUCGAUUCGAGACAGCGGAAGAAGCAGCACACGGAGCAGCUCGAGGUUGAGAAGAAGCAUUACACCAACGUCAUUUCGAACCUCGAGGAGGAACUGGAAGACCUCCGUCUGACUCUGCAGCAGAUGCACACUGAACGUUCGCAGAUGAUGGCCAGGAUGCAAGCCCUCGAGUUUGACAACGAAGAGCUUGUCAGGAGAAACAUUGAGGAGACGGGAGAGCUUCGCAGACAAGUCAAAUGCCUGAGGACUCACAUCCAGGACCUCGAGGGUUCUGAGACCUCUCCUUCCUCAGGCAUGUCCAGCAUGGGAGCUGCUACCUCCAGCUUCCCAGGCACAUUCGAUGGCGAACUUGACGCCAUCAACGUUGAGAACAACUGGGAACACAUGGGCUACAUGGGAGACUUCCAAUCCGCAUCGAUGGAUCAAGCUGCGGUGCCAGAGGUGAAGCAAGAAAUAGUAUCCCGCAAGCCCCAGACUUCCCAGCUGGUCGUUUCCAGGAGAUCAGACUCGACCGAAUCCGAGAAGCCGACGACACAGGGCGGCGUCCUGUUUAUGCUGUUCCUUGUCGGCGCCUUGGUCUGCUCAAGCCGUUCCAUGCCCAGCAUCCCGCGCGUGUCUGAAGAUGUACGCGCCGCAUCUGAGACGAUCCUGCACAACGUCAUCAAGGAUGCCGGCAUUGGCGAACCGACAACAUCAUCCUUUGCCAUGCCCUCUCUUCCACAGGCUUCCGGAUCUCUCUCGUGGCCCGACUCAUCAGCGCCCGGAGUAUCUGCGCAAGGGCUUGAUGGGGUUGUACCGAGCAUGCUUGGAGAUCUCUCUGACUUUUUAACGCAGCCUACAUCCGAGCAGACCAAGGAGCAUUUGUUCUCCAUGACCGCAGCACAAUACGACGGAAUGAUGGCUGACGGCUUCCUCACCUCUGUUCCUGAAGAUGGUGAGAGGUCCACUAGCCAAGGUCGUCGCAACCUCGCCGAAGCUCUGGCUUCUGCUACUCAGAGCAACAAGGCCGAGGUUUACACCCGAUCGCUUCUCUGGGAUCAAAUUCCUCGGGAUGUGGUCAAGACAUUUGUGAAGAUGGUGGCUGAGUGCAACCAAAACGCUUGCCAACCCGUUGGCAACGACAACGACGCACAUGAAUGAACCGAACGAUUUAUACUCGAUGAACCUAACGACGGUUGAAUCUGGCUUGUUAUGCAUCACGAACGAUCGGAAAUUUGUUUUUUUUUUCGCCCUUUUCCCCCUCUUUUUUCACGGCUCGACACUUGCAUCACGACGACUAUAUUCAUGCCCAUACGAUUAUGACAGCGAAUCAAGCCCGCGUGCUUUCCUCAUUUUUCCCCGCUCGCCUUUCAUCAAGCGUCUUUUUGAAUCUUUUCUUAUUAGGCGUUCGAAGCCUCAGUUUGCACAUAUACACUACUAGCCACCCACGUGCGCGAGCAUGUUUUAUCAUCGAUAUCUACAUUCUUCCAACAUUUAUGCCUAAACUUGAACACGGCGCUCCCGCGCUACAAAACGCAAUUGGAUCUAUUGACACAGACCGUUCUCAUGAUGCUCACGCGCCGAAAUUUUACCCCCCCAAUAUGCUCAAGUUUUGUUUUUUCGGUUCCCCCACGGGACUGGUUUGCGUCUCUACUUUUUUACGCUUCCACGUUUGGUUGGAAUGACUGAAUGUACCUAUGCCUUCGCGGAUCAUGGUUCACAUGAAGUUGACGAGGUCUAGCGAGCGAGCAAAGCGACUUGCAUUUGUUAUUACCCUUAUCUGCUUUUGGUCUUUGUUAUUUUUUGUUUCACCUUUGUUUUUUUGUUUUUUUUUGGAGGGGUUUACUUUUUUUGUUCUACCGUAUUAUUAGGAUGUAGUUCGGAAUUAUGGUCUGACGGAGACAGGAUGUAUUCAGCAUAGCACGGAUGACAACGGUAUGGACGGGAUGGGAUGGAUAUACGGUAAAUGGCAUUUAGGAGGAUUUUGGGUUUCUUUAAGGUGUCUGGUUUAGUUUUUUCUGGAAGGAUUUCUCACAGGAUGUGAUGGGACAUUUUACGAAAUAGGAUUUUAUUUUGGCCUUGGGCAGAACCGAGACAUGGCCCUAGAUAGCUAUUCAAUUCACCACUCGAACGAGAACAACAGAUGUUGAUCUUGAAUUCAAACCAACAAGGCACGC